AUGCGUGUGAGGGAGGGCAGGGCCAAGGCGCGGCCCCCGAAGGCCAAGGGCGAGCGGAAGAAGAAGCAGCAGCCGUUCCCCCCGCAGCCGCCGGUGCUGCCCGGGCCGGGCCCUCAGCAGCCUGCCCAGGCCGGGCCGGGCCCAGCGCGGCCGCCCCCGGCCCCGCUGAACGUGGUGCAGCCUUCGGAGGCCGCCGAGGAGGAGGACUUCAAACCGCGGCCCAUCAUCCCCAUGCUGUACGUGGUGCCCCGCAGCAAGAAGGUGGUGUUCGACAAGGAGCACAUGUCCUGCCAGCAGGCCUUCGAGCAGUUCGCCACGCAGAAAGGGCUGGGCUGGCGCGAGCAGGGCCCGCUCCAGAGCCCCGGCAAGGACGGGGCCGGCGCCGAGGCGGAGCGCGCGGAGCUCACUGCGGAGGCUGCUUCUGCCUUCUCCAAGAUGAAGAUGGAGAUCAAGAAGAGCCGCCGGCACCCGCUGGGCAAGCCCCCGACGCGCUCCCCGCUGUCUGUGGUCAAACAGGAGACCUCGAGUGACGAGGAAACGUUUCCAUUUUCUGGAGAGGAAGAUAUGAGUGAUCCAGAGGCUUUGAAAUCUUUACUUUCCUUCCAGUGGAAGAACAAAGCAUUUAAUUUCCCAGCAGAAAGGAAGUUCAAUGCAGCUGCUGCCCUGAGUGAGCCAUACUGUGCUGUCUGCACCCUCUUCUACCCCUAUAACCAGUCCUCCCAGGUGGAGAAGGAAGCUGCCCCGGUCUCCUCAGGGGAGCCGUCCUCGUUCCUGCACCUUUCCAAGUGUGGGCAGAAGACCAAGCCCCUGAUCCCUGAGAUGUGCUUUACCUCAAGUGGAGAAAACACCGAGCCCCUUCCUGCAAAUUCCUACAUCGGAGAGGAUGGAACCAGUCCCUUGAUAUCCUGUGCCAAAUGCUGCCUGCAGGUUCAUGCUAGCUGUUACGGGAUACGGCCGGAGCUGGUGAACGAGAGCUGGUGGUGCUCGCGGUGCUCGGCCGGCGCGUGGGCAGCGGAAUGCUGCCUGUGCAAUCUCAGGGGAGGAGCUCUCCAGGUGACCACUGAUGGCCGGUGGGUCCACGUAAUCUGUGCAAUUGCUGUCCCCGAGGCGCGUUUCCUCAAUGUCAUAGAGCGUCAUCCUGUGGAUAUCAGCGCCAUCCCCGAGCAGAGGUGGAAACUGAGGUGUGUGUACUGCCGGAAGAGGAUGAGGAAGGUGUCGGGGGCCUGUGUCCAGUGCUCCUCCGAGCACUGCUCCACGUCGUUCCACGUGACGUGCGCGCACGCGGCCGGCGUGCCCAUGGAGCCCGACGACUGGCCCUACGUCGUGUCCAUCACCUGCUUCAAGCACAAAGCAGCAAACCAGAACGUCCCGUUCCGGAGGGAGGUGUCCCUGGGGCAGACAGUGAUCACCAAGAACAGGAACGGGCUCUACUAUCGCUGCAGGGUCAUCGGCACCACCACCCAGACCUUCUACGAAGUGAACUUCGACGAUGGCUCCUACAGUGACAACGUUUACCCCGAGAGCAUCAUUAGCAGGGACUGCAUCCAGAUGGGGCCCCCUCCCGAGGGGGAGCUGGUGCAGCUGCAGUGGACGGACGGGAUCAUCUACAAGGCCAAGUUCAUCGCAGCCCAGAUCAGUCAGAUCUACCAGUCCCUCAGCACUGGGGCCCCUCAGGAAGAUGUAUUUUCGGGAGAUGAAGUGAGAGCAGCCAAGCGUCCCCGGCUGGGGAAUCCAAGAAAUCCUGAAGAAUAUGGACAAACCCCAGAUUACUUGGCCUUUAUGGAGAGCCUGUUGCAGACACAGUACCAGCCUGGGACUCAGAGCAACAUGUUUUAACCAGGAUUCAUUCAAAAGAUUCAAUUAACCCUUUUUGAGUUUGUGGAAAAAUAAAUAGGAAACUGUGGAAUGGAAGACCAGCCCUGUGCAAUAGUCUGCUGUGAAUUUCUUUCAUCUCCUCUUGGUUUGGACUGCAGGAAAUCCCUGUCUGGCCGCUACCUCGACCUUGCCAGGAGUUGCUGACCAAGAGCUGGGGAGCUUGGAAACCCUUCAGCUUUUCACACGGAGACUUUGGAAGAGUUUCUACAGAUGGAGCUUUGUGACUGGUUCUUUUAUAUGAGGAUAGGGUUAAAAUUUAACAAAAGGACUUUUUCAAAUCUGUCAAACUUUUGUCUUUCAAGGUGCUAUUACAUUGACUACUGAAGCAGCCUUUGGAAUUGUGUUUUCUGUACAUAGACGUCACCUUUGUGAAGUUUUCUAUGAAUGAGCAUUAUUAAAAAAAAAAAUCAAGCAAAAAUAGGAAAACGAAAGUUUCCACUAAACAUUUUUCUAGAUUAUGGCUUUAAAACAGAAAAUAAAUUAAAUCCUCCCUCCUCACCCCCAAAUGAAUUGUGACUGAUGUUACAGCGGGGAGAGGGAGAGUAAGAGCAGAUGUCCUGGAAUGUUCUGGGUUCUUCUUUUGUAAAGAAACACUAUCUUUGUAAGCUGGGGAAGGUGGGGGAAGAAAUGUUCACAGCUGGGACGUUUCUACCGUUGGCUCUCUGGAAGCCCUGGGAUGGAUGUUGGCAUCGCUGCCUCAGCACCAGGGAGGGGCUUAGGGAAGAAAUGGCCAGGUUUGGGUCAUUCCCAUCAUCUUCCUUCCCCAUCUUUGCCAUCACAGUUGCUUUCUAGUUCAGGAUCAGCAUGGCUUUGAGUUCCAGUGUGCCACCCUGGUUUGGCAAGUGUUCUGUUGCUGCUUGUGUUCGCUCCCUACGAGCCGCGCCGGCUCCAGCACUUCUCCCUUAGGAGCUUUUCUCUUUCCUUUCUCUCUUUUUUUAUUUUUUAUUUUUUUGAGUUGUGCUCCUUCCAGUGUGAGAAUCAUUCCAUGACAGAAGCUUGGGAGGUGUUUGUAUGUUUUUCUUUUAUCCUAUUAAAGAAGAAAUUCCCCAAA